GGUGUUUGCGAAACGGGCCUCCGUCGUUGCGAAGCCCAGAUCAACGAGGGGGUGAAGUGCCUCAACGAUGUGUUGGAGUUGUAUUGUGUUGCGUUCGAAGAAGCGGCAUCGCUGUUGAAGAAGUGGAAGCAGAACGAGGUUCGUAAUGCUUCGGUCACUAACCUGUUCAGUUCAGUGAUGCGGGAUUCAGUUUAAUUAGGUGAGCAGGCCAUGUUGUGAUCACCCUUCGGAUGGAAAUAAACUGUCGAAGAAGCUACCUUCUAUAGAAAAAUUAGUGGAUACCGAAAGCGCAUCGACAUGGAUAUAGAUCUACAUCAAAUUUGGGGUCAACGUAGCUAUGUUCUUAUGUUCCUUAUUGCCGUUGGGGGAGUCCUUAUAUCACAAGCAACAUCUGCACCUAGCUCAUCAGACUAUCGUAUAGGAGUUGGUAGUUAUGACAUCACGGGGCCUGCGGCAGAUGUGAAUAUGAUGGGGUAUGCAAACCCUUUACAAAACGCAGCUGGUAUUCAUCUCAGGCUUCGGGCUCGCGCCUUCAUUGUGGCGGAGCUGUCCAGUAAUAUGGAUGGGAACAGAGUGUUAUUCGUCAACCUUGACGCAUGCAUGGCAUCCAUGGCUGUUACGUUACGAGUACUUUCUCGUCUGCGAGAAAGAUACGGCAACCUUUACACCGAGAAGAAUGUUGCGAUCAGCGGUACUCAUACGCACUCAGGCCCAGGGGGUUUUCUGCAGUAUGUGCUCUAUCUUGUGACCUCAGUGGGUUUUGUACGCCAAUCUUUUGAUGCUCUAGCGGACGGCAUAGAGCUGGCAAUUGUCGAAGCUCAUGAUAAUCUUCGACCUGGAUCUAUUUACUUUAAUCAAGGUGAGAUUCUGGGGGCAAACAUCAAUCGGAGUCCGAGUGCGUAUUUAAAUAAUCCUCCUGGAGAACGUGCGAAGUACAAAUAUAACGUAGACAAAGACAUGUCGUUGUUGAAGUUUGUUGAUGCUGAAUGGGGUCCCGUAGGAUCCUUCAGUUGGUUCGCUGUCCAUGGAACAUCCAUGAACCGGACUAAUCAGCUCAUUAGUGGUGAUAACAAGGGUGCUGCUGCUCGUUUCAUGGAGGAUUGGUUUGAGAGUAAUAAUCAGGAGCGGUUUGAGUCUAUGAAUAUGCAACCUACAGAAUUUUCCAACUUCUAUAGCGCUGAGAAACGAUCGUUACGGGGACGUUCUAGCAUAUUUGGUAAUCUGCGAGAAGUAGUAGCAACGAAAUUUAAUGAUAUAGCAGCUCAAAUUGGGCCCUCAGGAGGGCGAUCCAGUAGUCAGUUUUCUAGUGUUUUGCACAAAGUGAGGAGCAAGCUUCGAUACCCUCUACGCCAUCCUUUCGUAGGAGCAUUUUGCCAAAGCAAUGUCGGGGACACCUCCCCGAAUACAAAAGGGGCGUUCUGCCUUGAUUCAGGCAUUCCAUGUGAUUUCAACCACAGUACUUGCAAUGGCAGGAACGAGCUAUGUGUUGGUCGUGGUCCCGCGUAUCCUGGAGAUCAUUUUGAGAGCACAAGAAUAAUAGGUGAAAAGCAAUCAAAUAAGGCUAUUGAAUUAUUUCAGUCUGCAAAAGAGCAGAUCCGUGGGAAGAUAGCAUAUAAGCAAACGUACGUGGACAUGACAAAUCUUUCAGUGAAGCUGAGCUCUGGAAAGGUUGUGACAACAUGCCCAGCAGCAGUUGGUUUUAGUUUUGCAGCUGGAACUACGGAUGGACCCGGGGCUUUUGAUUUUACACAAGCUGACGAUCAGGGGAAUAAAUUCUGGAGGCUUGUGGGUGGAUUACUGCACAAACCUGGCCAGAAGCAGAUCGACUGCCAGAGCCCAAAACCUGUUCUUAUUGACACUGGCGAGAUGGUUACUCCAUAUGAUUGGGCGCCAUCGGUGCUUCCAAUUCAGAUUCUCCAAAUUGGACAGUUUAUCAUUUUAUCUGUACCUGGAGAACUUACAACAAUGGCUGGUCGACGUCUACGAGAGGCAGUGAAGGCCACCUUGGUGAAAAAGGGUAAUGGGCAGUUCAAUUCCGACACACGCGUAGUCAUUGCAGGCUUGGCAGGCGACUACUCUCAAUACAUCGCCACUUAUGAAGAGUACGAGAUUCAGCGAUACGAGGGUGCCUCUACUCUUUUCGGGCCGCAUACACUUGACGGCUACAUUCAGGAGUUCAAAAAAUUAGCUACAGCUUUAGCGCAAGACCUAGAGGUUGCACCUGGGCCUUCACCGCCUGAUCUUCUCGAUCAGCAGCUUGGAUUCCUACCUGGCAUUGUGGCAGAUCGGACACCCCGUGGUGUUGCGUUCGGGGACUGCCAAAAGGAUGUACCAGCGAAUUCUACCUACCGAGUUGGUGAAACUGUAUCAGUUGUUUUUCACACAGGAUGCCCACGUAAUGAUCUUCUUACUGAGGGGACUUAUGCCGCCGUAGAGUUGCUUGAUUCAACUGGUCAGUGGCGAACCAUGCAUGAUGACGAUGAUUGGAGUGUGAAGUUUUCAUGGAGUCGGCACUUGAAGUACAGCACCUACAGCUAUGCUCAAAUCGAGUGGACAGUUCCGAAGACUUCUAUACCAGGGGUCUACCGGAUUCGUCACUUCGGUGCUUACAAACACUUUCUUGGAUCUGUGAAGCACUUCACGGGUGCAUCAAGUGCUUUUGUUGUCGCAAAGUGAAGAGUGAUUAUGUGUUGAAUUCUGUAGCAGCAUAGUUGUAUUAUUGAAAAUCUUAGAAUGCCUUAGUUGAAGGCUCCACUGAGGAUUCUUAGCAUGGACUAGGCGUGUGAUCCCCCAGUAAUCGUGUAUAUAAUGGGGAAGCCGAGACUUGCACUGGCACCUACCGCAGAUAGUUUCUUGAGCCUAUCUUAGUAAGCCCGAAAUAACUGUACUGUUGCCACUCCUGAAAUGCGAGUGAGUAUAAUGAUUUUUAUUUCCAUCAAAGAGUUUACCCACGGGAACUUUUUUUCAAAA